UGUGUGUGUGUGUGUGUGUGCUCGUGCACGUUUGCCUAUGUGCGUGGAAAAGCCAAUGGGAUGAAGAGCUGAUAAUAGAUGCAAAUUAUCCCUGAAACCGACUCAUACACACACACAUACACACACACACACACAUACAGGGCCAGGAGGAGAGGGAGAGAUAGAGAAAGAGAGGGGGAGAGCGCGCGCCAGAGAGAACCAGAGAGAGAGAGAGAGAGAGAGAGAGAGAGAGAGGAAGAGAGAGCGAGGGAGAGAGGGAGAAAAAAUAUGAAACAACUCAUUUGCAGAGGAGUAAAUCACGGAAAACCCGUUUGAGAGCGCGACAGGGCUCCCGCUUACAGCGCUAACACCGGAAUUGUGAUGCGCACGAGCCCUUCCUCCUCUACUUCUCCUUCUCCUUCUUCUUCUCCUUCAUAUUCUUCUUCUUCUUCGCUGGAAAUUUUAUGGAAUCGGCGUGAUUGUUGUUAUUGUUGUUGUUGUGGUGGUGGUGGUGGUUGUGGCUGUUACCGCUCUGGCUGGCUGCCGUCACCGUUACUCACAUCGCAACCGGUUCGUCUGUUGUGGCCGUGAGGGGAAACACCACAACAACGGUCACCGACACCGGCAGCAGACCUGCCUCACUUUCUCUCUGUCUCCCUCCCCUCCGUCUCUCUCUCUCUGUGUGUCGGUGUUCCUUUGCCUCAACCUACACGACAGAAGCAGAAAAAGAGAAACAUAACUGAAAGCCGCCGGUCGCUUUCCCUCAGCCCCGCUCUGCCGCCGAGCCGAACACAAACUGAAACAACAAACAACAACAAAAAAGAUGAGUUCAUAUUUCGUCAACUCUCUCUUCUCUAAAUAUAAAAGCGGGGACUCGUUACGUCCGAACUACUACGAGUGCGGUUUCGCGCAGGACCUGGCCGGCAGCCGGCCCACCGUGGUGUACGGCCCGGGCUCCGGCGCCACCUUCCAGCACGCUCCGCAGAUCCAGGACUUCUACCACCACAGCGCCUCUACGCUGCCCAGCAACCCGUACCAGCAGAGCCCCUGCGCGGUCACUUGCCACGGCGAGCCGGGCAACUUCUACGGAUACGACGCCCUGCAACGGCAGACGCUUUUCGGGGCCCAGGACGCGGAUCUGGUCCAGUACAGCGACUGUAAGCUGGGAGGCGCGCCGGGGCUCGGCGGCGAGGACGCGGAGGGAACCGAGCAGAGCCCCUCACCGACGCAGCUGUUUCCCUGGAUGAGGCCGCAAGUAGCUGCGGGUAGGAGGCGUGGCCGGCAGACCUACAGCCGCUACCAGACCUUGGAGCUGGAGAAAGAGUUCCUGUUCAACCCUUACCUGACCCGGAAACGCCGCAUCGAGGUGUCGCACGCGCUGGCCCUGACAGAGAGGCAGGUAAAGAUCUGGUUCCAGAACCGGCGAAUGAAGUGGAAGAAGGAGAACAACAAGGACAAGUUCCCCAGCAGCAAGAGCGAGCAGGAGGCCGUGGAGAGGGAAAGGAGGGAGAAGGAACUGCGGGAGGGCGGCGGAAGUGGUGGAGGAGGUGGAGAAGGUGGGGGUGGAGGAGGAGGCCCGGUGGCGGUGGCGGGCACGGCGGGAUCACAGGCCCCCGUCAGUGAGGAUUGCUGCGAGAAAACCCACAAGCAAAUGUAGGGAGGACAGCGGUGGAUUUCGGGGGGUCGGGGGAGAAAGGUAAAGAGGGGAGAGAGAUGUGAGGCAAUUAGGGUGUACAUGUUGGACAGGAGGGGUGAGGGUGGGUUGAGGCUGUAUUUGUCUUAAUUGAGGCCAUCGGACUGCCCCGCUGUCUCCACGAUCCAAUCCAUGGACAGAAACUUGUGAGUCUCCAAAAUGGCGACUGAUGAGCUGGACGGAUUGAAGGGGGCCUCGUGGCCUCUGUCUGCUGACUGUAGAAAUCGCGGGAAGAGAAAAAAAAAUGCAAUGAAGCAAGAACAUGAACUUUAAAUGAUAAAAUUGAUUGGGGGGAGGGCAGGG